GACAUCGCAGCCAGAACACGACUGGGCCUCCCCUGUCGUCUUAUUUCGUUUUUUUGCUCUGUGGUCAACUGUUGACUCCCGAAACGGGAGGGUUGUAAGCUUUGAUUGUUUAAAACACCUGUGCCGAGGUCGGAGGCAGGCCUCGAGCCCAGAGAUGUUUUAUUUAGGAGUAUUUUAAAAAUAAUCUAGACAGAACCGUGGAGAGGGACUCUGGUGGUAUUUUAUUUAUGAAAACACACAGGCCCCUCCCUGGGUACGGAGAGCGGUGGUUUUCUGUUUUUCAGUCUGCUUUUUAGAUUGAAUAUCUCAAUCCACGGUUCCAGAAUUGAACCGUCUACUUGAGGAUAAGCCGAACUAACCUCUGCCCUUGAGGGUUGUGUCUGCAUUAAAAUGGCAAGCAAAUGCUUUUAUAAGCCACUGUACAAAUUUUGUUGCAGGGCACAUCGGUGUCAGACCUUCAAGUACUGUGUUUGUGCCAAAUCAUUACCACAUGCCACAUGAGUCUCAAUCAUGAUGGAUGCCAAGUAUGUCCUCUGCAGAUGGAAAAAGCGAUUAUGGCCUGCAAAGGUUUUGGCCAGGACCAAGACUUCAACAAAAUAUAAGAGAAAGAAGGAAUUGUUUCUAGAUGUUCAAAUACUCUCUCUAGAUGAAAAAAUUAAGGUGAAAAGCACGGGAGUUGAGAUCCUAAAGAAGUCUCACAUUGAGGACAUUGCUUCCUUAUUAGCCUCCCAGAAUGAGGCCCCCGCCGCGCCUCUGCAGGAGCUGGCCUACAGAAGGUCGCUUCGAGUGGCCCUGGAUGUUUUGAACCAGGGAGCCAGGUCGAGUCAAGAGAACCCUUCAAGGGAAGAAAGGGCGGGUGUGUCUCCAAGCAGGAGGCCCACGGACCUGGUCUCCACGCUCUGCAGCUCCAGCUCAGCCUCUCUCUACCACGAAGACGCGUCCGGCAGUCCCCGACCUGGGAGGAGGGGGCGAGCCCAGCGCAGCCGGUCAUGUUUGUCCACUUGCGGAAAGGAUCUCAAGUGCCCAGCGGACUCCGAGCAGGGGCUGGGGGGCAGUGGAAACCCAGGAGCCCCGCCGGCCUCUCCAGCCGGAGCUGGCUCUCGGGAUGGAAGCAGGUCACAAACACACCAAAAAGCUCGGACUCGCCCAAGGAGAAGGGAGAGAGAUGGCGGCCAGGUGUCCAGCUCACGCCAGAAUGUACCUUCCUCUCUCUCAGCGGGCGAGGAGGAGAAAGGGAGCGAGGAGGAGGCGGGCAGCCCCCCAGCCCUGGCCUCACCCUCCAAGGUCAGGGAGAACGCCCCUGGCACCAGGGCUGAUGGGGGUGGCCUGGGGUCACCAGCUGGGCCCCUCCCUGCGCUCCCAGCCUCCAGAAAGGAGGCAUGUGACGCCUGCCAGGAGAAGGGGCCCCACUGCCCUGGUGAACUCCCCGUGAAGAGGCCGCGCCUUGGGGAACCAGAGACGGGGCCCGCAGAGCCAGUGCUGCCCGCCAGGCAGGGGCCCAUGGAGCACACCCCCGCGACCCACCCGCUCAGCCUACAUCCCCCAGACCCCGAGAAGGCUGAGGAAGGCCUCCAGUCUUCCGAGGGGUCGGGGGAGCUCAGUUCCCUUAAUUCCAUCCUGGACGAAGAUGAGGAAGAGGAGCCCCCCAGAAUCCUUCUGUAUCACGCCUUCCCUGCCCUCGGGGACAGGAGAGCCACACCUCGGGGGUCUGGCCUGGGCCUGCCUCGGCCCGCCUCGGCCCUCGGCCCGGCCCGUGGUGUCUACACGUCCAGGAGCCUCCUGGCCAUUCUGCCCUCUGCGUUUUCUGCACGUAACGGCAGCGUGGUCUUCCGGCUGUUCUUGGCGGCCACAGGGUCCCUAGGGAUGAGCCAUUGGUGUCAGGUGUUUACCGUAAAGCUGAGUGGGAUGGUGGUGGGGAAAGUGUUUAAAACCCAAGACCUCGUCUUUGUUCUUGAUGCUUUGCUGUCUCCCAUUUGCCAACAGGUCAAAAGCCUCAGGCGACGAGAUAAGAAAGCUAGUGUGCUUUUUAUCGAAGGGAACAUGAAUCCAAAGGGGAGAGGUUCCCAGGUGAAGACUCUUGGGGGACUGGUGACCGAGGGCGGGGGGAGCCCCGUGAGCAGGACCCCAGGCCCCGGCAGAGUCACAGAGCGGAGCUGUGGGGGAAACCCUGAGGAGCCAGGGGCAGGGAGCCCCCUGGGCCGGAGCCAGCCUUGCCGGAAGGUGCUCCCAGACCGGUCACGGGCAGCGCGGGACCGUGCCAACCAGAAGCUGGUGGAGUAUAUCGUGAAGGCCAAGGGCGCCGAGAACCACCUGCGUGCCAUCCUGAGGAGGAGGAAGCCGUCCCGGUGGCUGAAAACGUUCCUGAGCUCAGGCCCGUACGUGACGUGUGUGGAGACAUACCUGGAGGACGAGGAGCAGCUGGACCUGGUGGUGAAGUACCUGCAGGGCAUCUACCAGGAGACCAACAGCACCGUGCUGACGCGCGUCAACGGCGACCGCAUCCGCUUCAUCCUGGACGUGCUGCUGCCCGAGGGACGGGACCCCGGGUCCCCGCGGGCUCUCCUGCCCCCUCGCCAGCCCCGGGCAGUGACGGGCACUCGCAGAGAGGAGAACGAGACCGUUAUCAGAGUGUGCCCCAGCCUGGUCGGAGCCGUGGUGUCCGAGCGCUUCUUAGUUCAUGCCCGGAGCGCAGAGACCUAG